GAUUAUGGAAAAGGUGCAGGAUUCAGCUGGUGGAUCUUGCUGUGCUGUGGGUCAAAGGACAUCCAACACAGCACCUUCUACCAGAGUGAGUCGGAUGUUAAGAUUUGGAGUUGUAGCGCUUAUUGUUGGGGCAGCAUUCAUGUUGUGUGCAUCUGUGGGUUCCCUCUACAUGUGGAAAGUCAGUGAUAAAAAUGUUUAUAAUGUUCACUACAGCGCGAACAUCAACGGGGAGGUGAGGGAGGGUUCCAUGGAAAUUGAUUCUGACAACAAUCUGCAGAGAUUUCAAACUGGGAGCGGAGCUAGGGAGGCUGUGGAGAUUCAUGACUUUCAAAUUGGAAUAACUGGAAUCCGAUCUGUUGAAGGAGACAAAUGCUAUAUAAAAUCCCAUAUCACAGCAAAACUUCUGCUCAUGGGAGCACAUAACAAAGACACACUGAUGUUUGACCUGACAGAUGGAUUGAUGCCUGAGAGGUUUGAUGAGGAGUUUCUUGUAUGGGUUGCAGCAAAGCAACCACUGAGGAACACCACAUUUUUGAGCAACAGAAUUCUGGACCUUUGUAGAGAACUACCAAUUUUCUGGCUCCAACCCAUGUACCUUAAAGAUGGGGUGAGGAAAAAGGGAGGUAUGCGACGAGCCAAACGGCAGUUAGACAUGCAGAAGAUCAAGGCAUCCACUGAGGGGAGGGACCUGGUGAAUCGUAGGGAUCAGGAAGCCGAGGAUGAAGAACAGUCAGCUGUGGGGUCAGGGUACAAUCCGGAAAACCCCUACCAUCGCAGCGGAGAGCCCAGAGAGGAGAGCACCAUGACCUUUGACAGCAUGCUAGACCACCAGGGAAUCUGUUGCUCAGAAUGCCAGCGCAGCUACACUCACUGUCAGCGAGUGUGUGAGCCUCUACGUGGCUACUGGCCUUGGCCCUGCAAUUACAGAGGGUGUCGUUUGGCUUGUCGAGUCAUUAUGCCUUGUCGCUGGUGGGUGGCACGCAUUUUGGGUGUUGUGUAGCCUUUUCGAUUGGAAAAGGAAGUGCCUUUCUUUCCAUUGCCAAAGGUCUCAAAGUCAUACUACUUUUCUGACGUAGACUUUAUAACUUAUAACAUAACUUGCAUGCUGUGGUAAAGGAUUCAGUAAAAGAGAAGAAUCUAAAUUUCUCUAGGCAUACUUCUUCCAUUUCAUUAUUGUAGAACUAGAAUAUAUACAGUAGAUGCAACCCUUGAAUCAAAAAUAAAGAACACCUUUUUAAUAGCUUGGAGCUAAAAUUUUAGAACACUGCAGUGUGUUUAG